UCUCAGUAUUGACGCAGUAAUGAUGCUAAUGUUCCUUGUGUACAGAUGUAAAGAGCAUGUUGACUCUGAAAAAUGUAUCUGUAAAACAUGGAGAAUCGGUCACUAUUCCAUGUCUUUAUGAGGAACGAUACAAAACAAACGCUAAAUUCUGGUGCAGUGGAUAUUUCUGGUCUACCUGCAGCAUAGAAGCUUACGCAAACUCACAUGGAAGUACAUCAGUCACUGAUUAUCCAGCGCAUAAUAUGUUCACUGUGGAAAUAAACUCUGUGUCUGAUUAUGGAUGGUACUGGUGCGCAAUCGAAAUUGGGGGCAUCUGGGACCCAGAUGACCGUAAUUAUUUAUAUCUGACAGUUAGUAAAGAUCCUGAUCUGUCUGUAGUGAAGAGCAGCGUGAAAGGUGAAGAAGGUGGAAGUGUCACAGUCCAGUGUCUCUACAGUGCUGCAUAUAGGAAUACACAGAAGUACUGGUGCAGAUUUAAAGACAGAAGCUGUGAAACAGUAGGGAUGGCAUCCCAGGAUUUAGAAGUGUACAUCAGUGAUAAUGGGAGUUCCUUCAGUGUGGAGAUAAGAGGACUGAAGAAGAGUGAUGCUGGCUGGUACUGGUGCGGUGCUGGAGAUCUGCAGGUUCCUGUUCACAUCAGAGUUGGUGAUGAAGCUCCAGGUUUAAGUGCAUUAACUACUGAAUCCAUAAAACUAGUGGAGUUCUGUAUUGCACAUGACUGAAGGAUUCAAUCUUGGUGGCAAAUUUAAGAAGCUAAAGAUGAUGUUCACCUUCGGCUUAUUCAACUACUAUCAUACAAAAAGCAGUCAGCUGUAAACAGGGUUCGAGUGCAGUUUAAUUUAUUGUGUUGUUAACUUUAAUAAAACUUGUUGCUCCUACAUGUUUUUAUAUGAGAUAUUUAAAUGUGUGACUGAAAGCACAUCUAUAAAUCUAUGAUAUGAUGUCUGUAUUCAGCUUCCCUGGUGCUGCUUCAACACUAACAUACUCAACAUACUCUUUAUAGUUCUUCAAAUCUAAUUUUAAAUUCAUGUGCUGUAUAUAUCUAUUGUGUUUUAACUUAAAUAUCACUAAACAAGGCAAAAUUGAGGAUGUCGCUGUAAAUUAACACUCCUAUCCCCACAAAAGCAUCUCGGUUCCUUGUUCGCAGUUAGUCUAAAUGCUAUCCGCUACCCAAGCCACGCUUCAUAAUCACUCUUCAUAUGGCAUGACGUUAGAUUUCUCUCUGUGUUUGAAAUAAAUGUUCUAAACUAUUGAAAAUGUAUCAUAGUGAAUGAUGUAUA